GUGGCAUGCACCUGCAGCUCACUUCACUCAGAGCUGUGAGGGACGAGCAGUGUCUUCCUGUGGCAACUUUAUCUCGCUCACACACAGAGGAAGUCCUGGGUCCGUUCCGUGCCAGCGGAUCUUUGUCUCUAUUUGGAUGUGAGCAGUGCAGCAGAGCAGAUGGAGCAGGUAUCCAGCCGGUCAGGACUGGGCAGUGAUGACAUUCCAGAUGAGACCACAUCAAUGGAGAAUGUCAGAUGGAGUUCUGAUGAGAGCUCUGACCCUCAGGGACAGUGUCUCGCCGCGCCUACGACUCCUCUGCCAACCUACAAGCAGAAAUAUGACGAGUUUAAGAAGCUGUUCAAAGAGCUGCCGGAGUCCGAGAGACUCAUAGUGGACUACCCAUGUGCGCUCCAGAGGGAAAUCCUCCUUCAGGGACGCCUCUACCUGUCGGAGAAUUGGCUCUGUUUCUACAGCAAUGUGUUUCGGGGCACCAAGAUCACACUGACCCUGAAAGACAUCACAACGAUGAGCCGAGAGAAAACGGCGCGGCUGAUUCCCAACGCGAUCCAGGUCUGCAUGGGCACAGAGAAGUUCUUCCUCACCUCCUUCUCUGCGAGAGAGAAAAGCUACCAGACGGUUUUCCGCAUGUGGCAGAACACACUGCUGAACAAGCCGCUGACCAGCUCGGAGUUUUGGCAGAUGGUGAAACAGCAUUAUGGGCAUGACCUGGGCCUGAGCCAUGAGGAGAUGGAGUGCAUGCAGAUAGCGUCGGAAUUGAACAUGCAGAGCAGCCUGACAGCGAGGCCCGGUGGGGAUGAUGGUACUGGCAGGUUGGAGCGGCCCCCUUCCCUGCGCCUGCCUGUGCUGGAGCAUGGGCCCUUAGACACCUCCACCCCUCAGGGGGAGGAUAUGCCUUCCCCUUUUGGCUCGCAGAAUUCAGCAAACAUGGAUGACUCUCGGAGCACCCUGUCCCAGCGCCGCAGUCCUGCCCCGUCGCUGGACCGCCUGGCGCCAGAACGGGCCUCCAAGCGCUCCUCGCUGUCCCUUGACCUCAACGCCAAUGAGAAUGGCGUUUCUGAGCCGAGCUGUUCAGACAGCAUUGAAGAAGUGGAGGAGCGAGUGGGUCUGACCCAGGUGCAGGGUCGAGUCAAUUUAAACAAGGUCUUCCACAUCAGCGCCGUCAAAAUGUUCGAGCUGAUCUUCACUGACUCCAACUUCAUCCGCAGGUUUAUGAGCGUCAGGAAGAUAACCAGUCCCACCUUCUCCGCCUGGCAAAAAGACGCCUCGGGAAACAUGAAGAGGAGCCUGAACUACACAGUUGCCAUCAGCAACCCCCUGAUUGGCAAGUUCUCCACGGCCACAGAGAACCAGACGCUGUACAAAGAAUCCAGUGAUGGUCAGCAUUACCUCGUGGACUGUGAGGUGUACGCUCACGACAUUCCUUAUCACGAUUACUUCUACACUCACAACAGAUACUGCAUCAAGAGUAGCUCGAAGCGGAAGUGCCGUCUAAGCAUUUACACCGAUGUGAAGUAUAAGAAGCAGCCAUGGGGCCUGGUCAAGUCCUUCAUCACUAAAAACUCCUGGAGCGGCAUAGAAGAUUAUUUCAGACAGCUCGAAACGGAGCUGCUGGAGGAGGAAGCCGAGCUGAAUCAGGGAGGCGGCGACCCAGGGAAGAUUGGUGGGCUGCGGAGGAGGAGGAGGACGUACAGCCGGACGCUGCCAGAGCACAUGAAGCCCAACAAGCAGUAUGGACAAGAUCCAGAGCAGCACAGAGAUGGCAACAUGGGCCCCAUGGAAAUGAAAGGGUCGGGCGGAUGGAACAUGACAACGAUAGUAGCUGGGAUGAGUCUGAUUUUGUUGAUUCUGACGCUGCUGAAUCUGGGCCUGUUUUUCAAGCUGUGGGCCAUGGAGGAUGUAGCCCACCGCAUGUACCUGAGCACAAAGCAUCGCCUGAGGGAGAGGAGCGAGGCCAGCCUGGUCCAGGGCCCUGUGCACAGAACCAGAGACGAGCUGUACCUUCUGAAGAAUGUACUGCAGGACUCCAUCAACCUUUUAGAGCAGCUCCGCAGCUCUCUCGUUGUGCUACAACAAAACUUCGCCAUGGCCAAUCAGACGGCAGCGCCGCAGUGACGCUCCUCAUCCGUUGACCAUCGAACGCCAACCCCCCCGUUUACCCUGUAGAGGAAAGACAGGACAGCAGGACCCAACUGCCGCUGAUGUUGCCAUGAAGACGUCCCCAGACCCCCUGACAUGCCAUGUGUUGCCAGGGGUUACGCUAACCCAAAGCCUGUCGUGGGGCCUCAGGUGUCAGGAUGUUUUUAAAACGCUAACUGACUGAUGCGAGGACACGGUGACAUCAGCGUCCGCCACAGGUGGAGCGGGGGGGAUUAUCGUCAGCUCCCAUCGCUGCCUCUGCUGCGACUCGUCUCCUACACGGUGGCAGUGGAUCUCAGAAAACUUCCCUCAAGUGCCUGACUGUAUUCUGACGGACCUCACACCACAUCCGAUGAACUGUUGUCCACUCUUAGAAACAGAGCUGUUGAAUAACAUUGAUUCACAAAUUCUAAUUUUGCACAUUUUAACAUUUGCACAAGUGCCUCGUAGACUAUAGGCUAUAUUUUAGAUAUCUUUUUAGAUUAUUAUAUUUUCUAAUAAAAAUUGUGGUAUCUGCAGCUCUAAUUCUAAACUUUGUCUUCUCUUUUGUAAUCAUGAGAUUGUUGCUCUAUAUAAACUGCAGGGAAUGCUGCAACUUUAAAUUGACUUUAGAUUGCAAGCGGAAAACUUUACUUUGUAUGGAGCCAAAUCUGGCGUACAGAACAUGUGGCUGUAAGGGCCACAUAUUUAAUACAUAUUUUAUUAAUUUAUAGCUCUGCUCUGGACCAAAAGUCCAAACAACGAUGACGUGUUCGAUUUAUCUCUGUCUUCUGUACAUGAAUAAUCACACUUGUCUGUAUUUUUCUCCUUGUAUGUGUAGGGUCAGUGGGACUAUCUCAGGUUAUAACAGCACUGUACAUUCACUAUGUCAACAUCAUACACACAACUUCUGUUCUGUGAUUUUCACAUCGAUAUAAACACUGGUUAUUGUGUUUCUUUAUAAUCACUUGUUGGCGACACACCACUAAAAUUCUCUUGAGCCGUUCUUUGAUGUUUACAGUGUCGCCCAACUCUCUCUGGAUAACCUUGCUCAGCGUUUCUCAUUUGAAACCACGUCUUCGAGCCACCACUUGUUUCUGUGUUGUACAGUUUUAGAUAUAUUGCAAUGUAAUAAAUAUGAUCUCUUAACUCA